AUGACAGAACAAAUGUCCGUUAAUGACAACAAUGUUAGUGAACAUACUUUAAAUGUUGGUCAACAUUUUAAUGAUUAUGAACAGUUAUCAAAGACUGUUAAUGUAUUUUGUAAAGAGCAUUAUCAUCCAUUUGUUAUUAGAACACGGUCUCAGAAACAAGUGCUGUACAAAUGUUGUCAUGGUAUUAAGCAAAAUUCAAAAUGCCUGGGAAAACGUCCGAAUCAACAUUACUACUACAAGAAUUGUAAAGCUCAAAUUAAUUUUUAUAAAAGCAAAAAUGAAAAAUGGAAAUUAACAAAACUAUUACUAAAUCACAAUCAUACCGUUGGCAAAGAAGAAUAUAGUAAUUACGGCAAAGGCAAAAUUAUGAAUGAAAAUGAUUACGAAACAGCAACAGAUUUAAUCUUGUCUAGCGCCAAAGAUGGAAUGGUUGUUGCAGUUUUAAGUAAAAAAAGUGGGAAACAGUUUAUAAGAAAGGAUAUACAAAAUUUUCGAAACAAACUUUUUCCUUCAUGUAUCGAAGUGGACCAAAAUCAUUUAAUGGAAUUCUUAGCGGAAAUCGAAGAAAAUGGUGGUAUAUACGCUAUACAAAAAGAUGCAGAAGAAGAAGUAGAAUCAUUAUUUGUAGCCUCUUCGGCGAUGGUUCUAAAUUAUAAUAAAUCUCAGUGUCCAGUGAUACAAAUAGAUGUUUCCUUUGGAUUUAAUGUCGAAAAUUAUAAAGUUUUGGGAUUUUGCUACUAUUCUAGCAUAACCGACAAAUCAGAAUUUGCAGCUAUAGGAUUUAUUGCUAAAGAAACAUAUUCCGCAUUCAUACAUUGUAUGAAUGAAUUUAAAAAAAUUUUUGGAAAUACAGAAAGUAUUAUGAAUAUGGAUAUCGAUGAUGAAGACACGAAUGACGUAGACAUUGAUGAUAUAGACAAGGAUGAAUUCGAUGGUUGUCAAAAAGUAUUAUCGGAUCGAGAAAAAUUCAAUACAGCACUGACAGUAACAAAAAAUAUUGCAGAUAUUUUAUCAAAUUAUGGAACUACAACCUUUAACAAAUAUAUGAACGAACUAAAAUUAAUUGAAAAAAAUGCUAGAAAUGGGGUUUCUCUGUUUGAGAAUGAGUAUAGUGAACCUAAAAUUAGUUCAAUAGAAUUUGAGACAAGUAACUUAGUUGAAGCUGGAAGUUGCCAGGAUAGCUUAAUGGACACCUACGAACGAAAUGUUAUGCAGACGCUAAACGUGGUACCUCAAGGUGGUAGCACUGAUAUGAUGAAGAAAGUGGAGAGAGCGUUGAGGCUCAUCAAGACGGUGGAGGAAGCUGAGCGAUGGAUGAUACUUAAUAAGCAGAACAUCCGCUUAUUCAAAAAGAUGUUGAUGUUAAAGAAAGAAAAUCCUCUGCGUCUUGAAGCUAAUAUUGGACUUUGUAAAUCAUACCAGCGGCAACUUCACCGACUGCGAUUAGAUUUAGUUAAGCAAGGUGGUGGUGUCACCAAAAAACAAAAUCGACAUCUAAUCUGGGAGACAAUUGAAACCCACCACCAGGGCAGGGUGAAGACUGGUAUGAUUACCAAUUUGGAUUAUAAAGAUCCAAAUAUAUUUUUCAACCGGGCAUUUCCAAUGUUUAGAAGACACGUUCGGCGUGAGCUAGUGAAUCAUCCCCUCAAGGUGUAUAUUAUGUUCACGGGCAAUUUUAUUAAGCCCACCACCAAAGAGGAGGAUUUGAAAACUUUUAUAACCUAUCGAUUAACGUGUACGGCUACAAAGUUACGUUUCUACCAUUCAGUAAAUUGUGGUGAGAAAGAAGCAGUGCGGGUACGAAUGCCUGAAACUGAUGACGAGCGGUUCGUUGAGUUCAAAGAUUUCAACAGCAAGGAACGUGUUGAGUAUAUGGUGUACGCUGACUUUGAGGCGUUAUUGGUACCACAACAUCAUGAAGACAUGGAAAUGGAUCAUGGGUCUUAUACAAAAAAAAUUCAAAAACAUGUACCCUACAGUGUAGGUUACUAUGUUCAUUGUACCCAUGAUCCCAACCAAUCGUUUUAUAAGGCAUACCGUGGUGCUGAUUGUGUCAAGUGGUUUGUUCAUGAACUGGAACAAGUAGCGUACUCAUUAGAGCAAAAAAUAAAACACGUUAAACCAAUGUAUCCGCUCACCGUCGAACAAGAACUGGAUUUUAUGUCAGCAGAGAAGUGUCACAUUUGUGGUAAAGAUUUCGUAUCCAAUUCCAUACGUGUUCGCGACCAUUCACAUCGCACAGGUAUCUACCGUGGAGCAGCACACCAAUUUUGUAAUCUGCAUUAUCAAGAUUCAAGGGUGAUACCUGUUGUGAUGCACAACUUAAGUGGAUACGAUUCGCAUUUUAUUAUUGAAGCUCUGCUGACGGAAAUCGACGGUCAAGUUGAUGUGUUGCCCAUCAACAAAGAAAAGUACAUCAGUUUCACAAAGCACGUCUCGGACAUUCAAUUAAGAUUCAUUGAUUCCUUCCGAUUUCUCGCAGACAAGUUGGAAAAUCUGGCCUCAUAUUUAGAUAAUGAUAAAAAAUCCAUUUUACAUAAAGAGGUCAGUAAUGAUGAACAAUUUCAAUUGCUAACGAGAAAAGGUGUAUUUCCAUAUGAAUACAUGAGUAGCUGGGGACGUCUCCAAGAGACAAAAUUACCACCAAAGGAGGCGUUCUACAGUGUGUUAACAGAUGAACACAUAACGGAUGAGGAUUAUAACCAUGCGAUACAGGUAUGGAACACAUUCAAUUUACAUACACUAGGUGAUUAUUCAGACCUGUAUAUGAAAACUGAUGUGUUACUACUUGCGGAUAUUUUUGAAAAUUUCCGUAACACUUGUAUUCAUAGCUAUAAUCUCGAUCCUAGUCACUAUUACACACUUCCUGGCUAUACGUGGAGCGCCAUGUUGAAAUACACCAAUAUCAAAUUGGAAUUGUUCACGGAUAUUGAUGACUUGUUGUUUAUCGAGAAAGGAAUCAGAGGCGGUGUAAGUCAAUGUUCUAAUCGCUAUGCUAAGGCAAACAAUAAGUACAUGGAAGAGGGGUAUGAUAAAACUCAAGAAGAUGUCUACCUUAUGUAUUAUGAUGUGGUGAACCUAUAUGGUGCAGCAAUGUGUGGAUACCUACCAAAAGGAAAUUUUAAGUGGGUCGACACACCAAACAUCGAGGAUGUUGCAGAUGAUUCACCAGUCGGGUACAUUUUAGAAACAUAUCGAAAACGUUUGUGUAUGACUUCCACUACAACUACAUGUACCAACGGUACAACCCCACAAAUGUCAGGUUAUUAUACACAGACACCGAUAGUCUAA